CCUUCCCUUCCCUUUUUCAAACCUUCCCUUAUUUUCCAAGUUUUAUCUCAUUCUCUUUUUCCCAUUUUUGUCCUUUAAUUCUUCACCUAUUUAGCUAUAGCUCUCCUUCUUUUUCUAAGCCUAAUUAGCCCUGUAAAUCAAUUGACCUUUGGUUUUUUCUCUUCUUCACAUAUUCUUUUUUUUUUAUUAUUAAUCUUAAUUAAGUAAAAUUCCAUUUUUGCUAAAAUAAAUCAAACAUAUUAUUGAUUAUUAUAGGUAAAAGAGAAGUACUAGCUAGUAUAUAAUCUGAUCUGUGAGUUUUAAGAGAAUGAAAGAGAGUGGUAGAAAACAAGGUGCUAUAUCUCCAUGUGCAGCAUGCAAGCUUUUAAGAAGAAGAUGUGCUCAGGAUUGUGUUUUUGCUCCAUAUUUUCCGGCCGACGAACCCCAGAAAUUUGCUAGUGUUCAUAAGGUUUUCGGAGCUAGCAAUGUCAACAAGAUGUUACAGGAAUUACCAGAGCACCAGCGCAGUGACGCAGUGAUCUCAAUGGUAUAUGAAGCAAAUGCUAGAGUCAGGGACCCAGUGUAUGGUUGUGUUGGAGCAAUUUCAUCUUUGCAGCAACAGAUUGAUGCCCUUCAAACCCAACUGGCACUUGCUCAAGCUGAGGUGGUUCACAUGAGGAUGCGUCAGUGCCCGUCGACAUCGAACCAGGCCGGAAACUCACCGGAAAAUGGCUCGCCGUCGACCAAACACAUGGCUAGUUCUCAGACCAAGUCAUUUUUUGGUAUGGACAUGAUGGUAGAUCAAGCCAAUAUGGGAGAGUCCUUGUGGUCAUGCUAGCUAAUUAGCUUUGCUAUAACUUUAUUUGUUUUUCUUGUUACUAUCAUGGGCUUGCUUUAUUAUGUCUGUCUCUUUUUUGCCUUUUAUUUUUGUCCUCCAAUUUUUAUUUUAUUUUUUCACAUAUUAGCUUUUUAGAGUUGAGCAUCACUCUCUCUACUUGACUCAGAGAUGAUGAUGAUGAUGAUUAUUAUGAUUAACCAUAUUGUAAAUGUCUAAACAUGUAAUUAUGAGCUAUAAUUGGUAUCAUUAGUAUUGAGGUUGACUGCCA